UCCCAACACGGAUGCACUAGCUGCCAACUGAGCCCUGCAUGGCUGAAGAUGUUUCAAGGUUUCCUGCUUUCUUCAGUGAGCUGGUUUCCUCCUUGGUACCCUCUUUCUUUUUCCACCAGCAGUUUUACAGCAAAUCUGAGCUUCUGUCCUACUUGCUUCUGUGUAUUGCCAAAAUGCCGUUCAUUCCACAAGUUUCAAUCACACGCUCUGUGUCAGGGCUGACUGGAGAUGCAUCGUCUAGAAGCAGUAGAGCCACGACAAAAGUUGCAAGAGAAGGCAAAGGGAGUUCAGUCAAGGAGAGACUGGCUUUAAAUUUGAAACAACUGGGCAGAAAGAGUCAGCCAAAGACCACAGCCAGAAGAAUUUCUUCAGGGGAGCUGCAGACAAACAAAAGAGAUCGAUUGUUGCAGUCGUCUCAAACUGAUAGCCCUCUUACAUCAAGCUCAGGGAAGUCUCUUUCAAAGACGGAGAAGCUCAACCUUGUGAACCAAAGCUCGAAAAAGAGUGAAUCGGUGGUAAAGACCAGAUCUAGGAAUAACGAGGAGGUGCAUUUUACUCUAACACUCACACCUGAAGCUGUUCUGCUGCUGCAGCGGAGAAACAGCGAGAGAUACCAUCGUUCUGCUGCCAGAAAUGCUGCAGGUGGUUUCGGUGCUUUUGGAAGCACCACCGAUUCUAGAAGACGGAGGCAGCAGUCAGUACCUCAGAGGAACAGCAGAGCAGCCGGUAAGAACAAUCCUGAUGCUCCACUGGGAGAUAUAAGCUCAAUUGUAAAAAUCUCCCUCCUUAAUGAGAAACACAAGUAUGACGAUGUGGAGUAUGAGAUCGUGGAGGACUUGGGCGUUGAUGAGCGGGUGGUGCUGAAGUGCACCGAAUGGCUGCGUGGGUUGGAGAACACACCCGUAACGGUGGCAAAGAGCUUAAACAGGACUGUGAGCAGUUUGAAAAGUUUCUAAAGGGAAAUUUAAAUAGAGGUCUUCAAAUCUACAAAUCAUCUCUGUGUUGAUAAAUGUCUGUUAAAUGUUUUUUUUUUUAACUUUUUGCACAGACAGUACAGACCAAAAGUUUGGACACACUUUCUCAUUGAAUUCAAUGAGAAGGUGUGGUCUGUACAUUUGGUCUGUACUGUAUGUAACAUAUUUAAUUUACUGGAUGCAAAAUUUUAUGUCUGUUUGAAAUUAACAUCCUGUGGCAGAGGUCAGCAACCUGUACAAUCCAAGACAAUAUUUUUGCUUUCAAACAAUAGAACAGUAAAAACAUUUGUACAGCCUCAGUAGAUAUUAAAGUAUCAAAUUGUAAAAAUACAUGGCAACUAAACAUACUUACACAUAAUUACAUAAAUAAUUUUAAAAACUAUGUUUGACAGUAACAAGAAGGAAUUAAUUUACUUGAACCAUUGUUGUCUCUUCCUGUAAUAUAUCUCUAAUUAAAACAUUGAUCAUUUCUGGAUUUAUUUUGAUAAAGCUCUAAUGACCCUAAGAGAAGGCAAUGGUUGCUUACUUCUGUCCUAUUGGUUGCCUGGAAACUGGGCUGAAAUUAAGUUAUGACUUUAAAAUUGUAGCAGGUUCUUGGAAUAAAAGUUGUGGGUUAUUGAGGUAGGUUAUUGCGUUUAAUGCAGGUUUUGGACCUUAGCAGAAAUAUGGCAUUAUGACUAGAAAGGACUUUUCCAUGGAAACCAAAUAAUUUGCUGUAAAUACUUGAUAUCUUCUGUGUUUAUAUGAACCAGUUACCACUACAAGCCACAGUUCUCCGAGAAAAUAAUCAGACAAAAUGUAUGUACAGUGUAGUUUGUGAUUUAUCAGGUCAUUUUUCUAUUUGUUUAGUUAUUUUGUUGUAAAGUACUUUGUAAACAAAAUAAAA